AUGUUGCCUCGUGCCGCCCGUCGCCGAAACCCCCUUCACCACCUACGCUUGUCGACCGAGCAGUUGACUUUACCAUGGCUGUGUCCGGCGGUACUCCGGCCUCAUACUCAAUCACAUCGACCGGGAAACAAUAAUGACUCGAAGAUUGUUUCAUCCACGCCAUCGGCGUUACAUCGUCGUCGAUCCUUUUCUUCACACUCAAGACGGCAUCUGGCAACAGCAACUGAUGGCAUGCCGAUUUCAUCGAGUCCUUCGCCAACUCCCUCCUGGUUAUCGCCGCUUCUGGGACAGUCUCUCUAUAGUGAACCGGCCAUUAUGAUUCAAGAAAGCCAGUUGAUUACCACGCCGACUUUGAAAAGAGUUCGUGGUAUUGGCGGUUCGCUUGAGGAGAUGAUGGCUAGAUUUCACGUUCUGCUCCAAACUCGAGAAAUUGAAAAGGCUGCACAAGUUCUUGAUCGCAUGUCGACGGCUUUUGCUCAUGGCGAUUCUCGCUUUCUCGAUUUACAUAACCAAUACAUCGAAGCCGUGGUGGCGGAUAUGAUUGAGAAUAAGCGUUCCGGAGACACUCUGAAAAAAGCAUUGAGUCUACAGACCUGGUUUGAGGUCAAGUUGCCAGAGGGAUUUCUGAAGCCGAAUGCUAGGACUAUGGCUAUAAUGCUACGUAUGACGCUUCGCUUGUUUCAUGGUUCAAGGCGCGAUCGAACAGUGAGGCGGUAUUGGAAUAUGGUUAAGCAGAAUAGGUUUGAAGUAGAGGUAUUAUCCAUGCCUGACUUAUUGACGGAACGGGAUUUGGGCGAAAUCUCACAGUUAUGUCCUAAUGAGUUACCCAAUUUUGAUCUCAUAGUCGACGACGAACCCGAGCCUCCGCAGGAAGCCACCCCGCCCCAUAAAGAAACGUCCGUUCGUGCGACCAAGCAGAAAGGUCUUGGUCUUUCAUCACUAAAGUCUACUUUGUCAAUACUUCCAGAGUAUGAUAAUGCUGUCGAUUUGGAUGACAUAGACUCGGAAGAAGUAAGGGAACUGCAGCGCAAAAGACAGGCAGAGUUGGAGGGCAAGGCUGUGGACACAGCUAAAAAGCGUUGGCAACGAGAGAUGGAGACCAUGAGAGCUGCCGGUAUCGAUACGUCUGGUGGCGGCAAGACGAUAGCCAGUUUGCUGGAACAAUGGUACAACGACAUGGUCUUGAAGCUUAAAGAGGAAAUUAAAAUCGGUCGUCCAUCAGAAAGAACUUCGAAACUGUCUGCCGACGAGAAGAAUCGAGAACACGCAGACUUCCUACGUAUCCUCCCACCUGAUACAUUGGCUGCUAUCACGGUGAUGCACGUUAUUCAACUCUUCGCUCGGGCAGGUGUCGAGAAAGGUCUCAAGGUCCCUACGAUCAUGACGUCUCUCGGGCAAGAGGUUCAAAACGAGUUCAUCGCACAAUCCAUGAUCGCCAAGUCAGAGCGUGAUUCACGCCACCACAAAUUUAUCAAGCAGGUGGUGGAGAACAGGAAGAAGAAGGCAGGCCGCAUUAAGUUCAAGAAGCUCCUCACCGAAAUGAAAUCUAACAGCCGUGACGUCGAGUCCGAGUUCACUUGGCCGGUUGAUGUCCAUGCGAAGGUGGGAGGCGCUUUGCUGUCUGUGUUAUUCGACUGCGCGAAAGCACCUGUGAUACAGGAAGAUCCUGAUACGAAAAAGCGCAUUAUGGUCAUGGAAUCGGCUUUUCAACACUCUUACGAAAUUAAUAGAGGGAGGAAGUUUGGUCUACUACAUGCUCAUCCCGAGGUUACACGAAGACUUAUCCGCGAAGCCCCUAACGCUGUUCAGGCUCGUCAUAUGCCGAUGCUCUCAGAACCCCAGCCGUGGACUGCGUUUGAUAAAGGCGGAUUUCUAGCACAGCGCAGCCCGAUUAUGCGCACAACACCUGGUGAUACUCUUCAACAUUCUUAUAUGAAGAAAGCUCUGGAAAACAAUGGCCUUCCCGAAGUCCGUGCUGGUCUGGACAUUUUGGGAAAAACGGCAUGGACAAUCAACAACGACGUUUUUGAUGUUAUGCUAGAGGCAUGGAACACAGGUGAAGCAUUUGCCAAAAUUCCCCCUCUCGACCCACAGAUUCCCAUGCCAGAGAAACCUGCAGACGAUAACCCAGAGGCAAUCAAAGUAUACAACAACAAGCUUCGUGAAGUGGAGAAUUUGCGGUCUGGUCUCCAUUCUCAAAGAUGCUUUAUCAACUUCCAAAUGGAGAUUGCUCGCGCAUACAAAAAUCAAACAUUUUAUCUUCCCCACAACAUGGAUUUCCGUGGCCGUGCUUAUCCACUUCCGGCAUACUUGAAUCAGAUGUCUGCCGACAAUGCUCGUUCACUUCUUCUUUUCAAGAAAGGCAAGCCGCUCGGUGAGGCUGGAUUGCGGUGGCUGAAGAUCCAUCUUUCCAACGUCUAUGGUUUCGAUAAGGCUAGUCUUAAGGAGAGAGAGGAGUUCACCAUGCAACAUUUAGAAGAUGUUCUUGAUUCAGCAAACAAGGGUCUGCAUGGCCGAAAAUGGUUUUUGGAGGCUGAGGAUCCGUGGCAGUGUCUUGCUGCAUGCUGUGAAUUGCGCAAUGCUCUCAAACUGGAGAAUCCCACCGAGUAUGUGUCACGCUUACCUGUUCACCAAGACGGUUCUUGCAACGGUCUUCAGCAUUACGCGGCAUUGGGAGGAGAUAUGGAGGGUGCCCAACAUGUCAAUCUUGAACCCGGUGAUCGACCUAAGGAUAUUUAUACUGGUGUCUCGGACUUUGUUACCGAAAAGGUCGAGCGAGAUGCAGCAGCUGGGCACGAGAUUGCCAAGCUUCUUGUUGGAAAAAUCAAGCGUAAAAUUGUCAAGCAGACGGUCAUGACAAAUGUGUAUGGUGUCACUUUUGUUGGUGCUAUUCGCCAGGUCCGUCGUCAGAUCGCUGCGCAUUAUCCGGGCCUUGAAGAAACACCCGGUAUCAGCAAGUAUAUCGCCAGUGCCAUUUUCGAAGCACUCAGCACGAUUUUCAGUGGUGCCCAUUCGAUUCAGUAUUGGUUGGGCGAUUGUGCUACCAGAAUUAGUCAGGCUAUCUCCCCGGAUCAACUUGACGCGUUGGCAAAGAAUGUUCUCCAGGAUAACACGUCAGCUAAGGAGGAUGUGGAGAUGGAUCCGCUCAGGAUGUUUCGGUCUACCAUCAUCUGGACCACACCGUUGGGCCUUCCUGUUGUUCAGCCUUACCGGACUGUGAAGUGUCAGCGGGUGUACACCACAUUGCAGACAUUGAAUAUUAUUCAGGAUUCCACGUCCGGCAACGUCUCUAAGCGCAAACAACUACAGGCAUUCCCACCAAACUUUAUUCAUUCGCUUGACGCGACUCACAUGAUGCUCUCCGCCAUUGAGUGUUACCGCCAGGGACUAGUUUUCUCCGCCGUUCACGAUUCGUUCUGGACUCAUGCAUGUGAUGUCGACAAAAUGAAUAUCGCCUUGCGUGAUUGUUUCAUUCGCAUGCACAGCGACGACAUCGUCAAGAGACUAGCUGCUGAGUUCCGUGCUCGUUAUGAAGGUCAUAUAUUCCUCGCUAAGAUUCCUGAGUCAUCUCCCAUUGCUCGAGCCAUCGCCAAGUACCGGGAAGCGAAAUACGCCAACUCCAAGAAGAAAUACUACGUUGAAGAGUUGUUGUUGGAGCACCAACGCCAGACUCUUCUCCGAUCGGAUGACCCUGAAUUGCAGGAAAAAGGCCGUGCGAUGGUAACAGCAGCGAGCAUCUUUGAAAGUGCGGGCGGUAGCCACAACGACUUGGCUAUCGCCUCUACACUCGGUCAAACCGGAACCGGUAACGUCACGACGGAAAAGCGAGCAGGCGUGUUCGGCAAUUCCGUUGUGGAUGAAAAGGACCCUGCUGUGGCUAGCUUGUUCUCCGACUUUGACCCACAAUACCUCGACGCCGAGAUCGACGCCAAAACUCCCACUGACGACGUCGCUGGCGAAGGAGAUGUGGUCGAGAUGGAGGAUUCUGAGCCGUUUGAAGAAGAGAAGACCAAGUCUGUAAAGACACGAUCCAAGAUGGAAUGGGCAUGGCUGCCACUUAAUUUCCGUGAUAUCCCCAAGAAGGGCGAAUUUGACGUCAAGCGAUUGAAGGACAGUCAAUAUUUCUUCAGUUGA